UGUGGUUGCACGUUGCUUGUUGGAAGCGGAAUAGUGACUGCAGCUUUCCUGUUAGCCUCUUCUGCAACGCUUUAUGCCAUCUCCAAAUACCGAGUGAAUACUUUGCAGACUCAGAAUUACAUAAAUCAUCCAGGCACUCGGUGACGGCGACACUGAGCCCCCUUCCUUCGUGACGCCUCCUUAUUAUGGCCGGAAGCACAACCAAGACGGUGUUUGACAUCUUUCAAAGUAUGGAGUCCGGACCGGCUGCGGCUUCGAGCCCCACAACAGCACAGGCCUGGCUGGAGCAUCACUCUCGAUCUCUCGGUUUCUUCAUCGAUGAAAAGUUCGUUCUUCCUGCCGACAGACGGAGUCGCUCCCUGAACGAUGGAAAAGGCGGCGUCGUCUGUAGCGUGGCGUGUGCAGAAGAGGCCGACAUCUCGCAGUGUGCCGCCUCCUCCGUCAGCGGCUUCAAGGCCUGGAGCGGCCUGAGCUGCGAGCGGAGAGCCAAAGUUCUGCUCAAGCUGGUGAGUUUGCUCGGGCAGCACACGCAGUGUGUGUCGGAGCUGUGUGAGCUGUGCGACGCCUCGGCCUCGCCCUCCGCCCUGGUCAGGCUGCUGCAGUACUACAGCGGCUGGGCUCAGCUCAGGGACACACUCAUCACCGGAUGGACUCCUCUGGGUGUGGUGGAAGUGGUCACCUCUGAUGACUGCUCUCUCUACUCCCUCAUGCUCAAAGUCUUACCAGCGCUGGCCAUGGGUAACUCAGUGAUCGUGGUUCCUGGUUGGAGCUGCGGCCCUCCAGCCCUGCUGCUGGCUCACCUUUUCACAGGAGCAGGACUUCCUGCUGGAGCUCUGAACGUCCUCACAGGAUGUGAUAUGACGCUCGGGGCCAAAGUGGCUCAAAAUCCCAACGUCAGCUACGUGACUUACAGCGGCAACAAGCAGGAUGGAGUGACGCUGUGUGAGUCCACGGCAGGGAUGGGGGUUCCUGUGUCUGUGUCUCCCUACAUCGGCGCCACCUGCCCCUUCAUCAUCUUUGAGUCCGCUGAUAUCGACAGCGCAGUGGAAGAGGUUAUCGAAGCUGCCUUCAAGAAGAGGAAAGAGGUCAACUGGGUGCUGUGUGUUCAAGAGAGUGUGUAUGACAGCGUCGUGGCUCGUCUCAGGCUGCGGAUGUCCGGGUUGAAGUGUGUCGCUCUGCUCAGGGAGUCUGACAGCAGCCUGGUGGAGGCUGCAGUGCAGGAGGCUCAACAGCAGGGGGCCACACUGGUUCAGUCCUCUGCUGCCCCUCCUUCGAGGACCCACUACCCUCCCACAGUCCUCUGCGGCGCGGCCCCCUCUUCACCGUGUGUGGUCAGUCCCUCUCCUGGACCGCUGCUGCCUCUCAUGACCUUCAGAAGUAACUCGGAAGCCGUGACCCUGGGGAACCACAGCCCGCACGGCCAGGCAGCGUCCAUCUGGACCGAAGAUCUGACCCUGGCUCUGGAGACGGCCAAGAGUCUGUCCGUCGGCUCGGUGUGGGUGAAUUCACACAGCGUGUUUGACCCCUGUCUGCCCGUCUCCGGUCACAAAGACAGCGGCACCUGCACAGACGGAGGGCAGGAGGGUCUAUACCAAUAUCUACGCCCAUCCUCCUCCACCCCGUCUCUUCCUCGCUCUUCCCCGGCCUCUUUGGACUACUCAGCAUUUGGAACUGAAACACCUGCCCCCAUCAUUCCUGUGGAUUUAGACAGCGCUCCUCAGUCCCUCCUGCAGCUUGUCGGCGGGAAGACAUGCAAGUCUGUGUCGGGCUGCAGCAUGGCCGUGCGCCCACAAGAGGGCACUGCCACGCUGGGUUACUGUCCAUACGGAGGCCGCAAAGACGUUCGCAACGCUGUGGAGGCUGCGAUCAAAGUGCAGCCAGGCUGGAUGAAAAAGACUCCGUCUGUACGCGCUCAGUCGCUCUACUCUCUGGCCAAGGCGUUGGAGGCGAAGAUGCGGGUCGUAGCUGGGUCAAACUGCAUCCAGACCAGCAUCUCCGUGGAGGAGGCCAACGCAGAGGUGGACCUCAGCGUGGCCAGGCUCAACUUGUGGGCGGCGUACUGUGACAAAGUGCAGGGAGGAUCACUGCCCAUGCCAAAGUCUGGCUCCGCCCUCUCCUUCCCUGAAGCCUUGGGGGUCGUCGGGGUCAUCCUCCCUGACAAGCAUCCCCUCCUCUCCAUGGCGACUCUUCUUGGCGCGGCCAUCGCCACCGGCAAUGCUGUCAUCUUGGUCCCCAGUGAAAAGUAUCCGCUGCCCGUCCUCUCCUUCAUUCAGGUGCUCCAGGCUUCAGACCUACCUGCAGGUUUGGUAAACGUCAUCACGGGAAGCCGAGACCAGCUGGCGGCGGCUUUCGCCAAUCACAGCGUGAUCAAAGCCGUCUGGUACUGGGGCAGCGCCGAGGGCUGUCAGUACCUCCAGAAAACCUGCACCAGGCCUCUGAAAACCCUGAAGCUCUCCUGUCAGACAGAGGAGGACUGGACUCAGUCCGAUCCUGCUCUCUUGGAAGAACUGUGGAGGAACGCCGUCCAGUGGAAGAGUGUUUGGAUUCCCACUGCUUAGGAGGAACAAUGAAACAUAAUGGGAGCUCAGAUAUUCUCUGUACUACGAGCUCGUAGUGAUUAACUGUGACCUUUAAGAUAUAGAUUUAAACUACAGCCAUAAAUUACUUAGGUCACUCAACAUGGAUUGAGGAGAUGAAACUAUGAAUUAAUGAGUAAAUGGAUGAUGAAACGCUUUUAACGUUCACUCUGCUGCUGGUAACUUGCUCUUAAAACAUGUUUCAGGUACUAACGUGGGAAGAAAACCCUGCAAUCAAAACAAUCAGGCUAGCAAAAACUGAAUCAACACAGAGAGAGUGAUCGCAGUGAUAUAUUUGACACACUUGUCAUGGAAAGUCGGUGUUCGCUCAACUUGAUAGCUGUGCUUUGACAGAUAAUCACAGGAAGAAUGCAGAAAAACAUCUCGUCAGCCUGAACAUUGCAAUUGUGAGCUGAGAUCUAUUGGAACAGAUCUCUCUCUCUUCACAAGGAUUACAACAGACUGAAAGAUACAUCAACAAAAAAAGUGCCGUGUUGAGUAUAAACCACAAGACAAGUUCUCUUUUAUUUUUAAUUCUGGCUCAGUGUUUGUUGAAAGUCUGACUUAAAAUCUUGAUUUAUAAGAUGUAACUGAUUUUCAUUUUUUACUACAUGAGAGAACAUAAUUUGCGCAUCUCAGCACUCGUGACAUUCAUAUUCCUUCCUGUAGGAUACCGUGAAGGAAAUACCUCCAUAAAUGCCUUCAGGAGACAAACUGUGCAGACAUCUGGACUGUCGUGUCGUGUCGAUGACCAAAGAUUAACCUCAUAAAACCAACAACCCUUUAAAAGCCUAACUGGCUUUUCGUUGAGGUACUGCUCACUGCUGAGAUGGCCUUUAAACGCUCAUUUUCUGCUUUUUCUGUAAAGAAAUUGUAUAACAGCACUUUACAAGACCUGCAGAUGUUCUGCCGGUUUUCUGCUGAACUGUCAUCACAUGUGCCACGUCUGGUUUGAGAGGCUUUAAUGUUUCCAAUUUUUUUUCCACACACAUAAAAAUGCUUCAGAUGAAGAAAUAGUCAAAAAUGGAUCUCAGAUUACAGCUAGUAAUUAUAGUGUCCCACGCCCGAUGUGGGUUUGAUGCCUGUUGUUGUUCUGCCCAAGCUACAAAGGAAUUGCUCAACACAAUGUUACAUACCAGACGAGAAUUAAAACCACAUUCCAACAGGUUAUGUUUCCAUUUGAAAUAUCUUGGCUGCAGCUUUUUUAUCUAAAUAAAUCCAAUCUUUUUUUUUCUUCACUAUCACUUAAAACAUCAACCUCAAAGAUAAUCAUGUAUCAGCGCAAUUCAAAUACAUAAAUACACUGUACUGUCUGUCUUUCUUACUGUACAAUAAUGCCAUCACUUGCAGGCAUUGUUCUGCAAACAUUUCCCUCAAAACGUGUUUUCACGUUCCCAGUUGUCAUUUUGAAGGAAACUUUCCCUUAAACUUGUACUUUGUCUGAAAACCUCGAUUAAAAGACAAUUUUAAACUC